AUGACAUCUCUAACAUUUGUUUUCUACCUGACAUGUUUGUUCUCGUGGGGAAAGGUCACUUUAGCUCAGAAGACCCAUCAGUCCUCACCUGUUCAUCAAGAGAGUGGCUUCAAAUCAGUAAUUGUUGGUGAAACUGUAAUUUUGCGAUGUUUCUAUGAAAAUGAUGAGAAACCAUGGCUAUACUGGUAUAAGCAAACACUGGAACAGAAACCAAAGCUCAUUUCUACUUUCUUCAUCUAUGAUGACACUGAAGUAUUUUAUGAUGAAUUUGUGAACAAUUCACGAUUUACAAUGGAAAUUAAAAAUGGUAAAAACCACUUAAUUAUUUCAGAUUUGCGUAUUUCAGACUCAGCUACUUAUUACUGCGCAAGUACAGCUUCCACCACCGUUGAGUUUGCAGAAGGCAUUACAGUCAGUGUAAAAGGUUCAGGUUUGAAUAUUACCAGUUCAGUUCAUCAGUCUUCAUCUGAGACCGUCCAACUAGGAGACUCUGUGACUCUGAACUGUACAGUACACACUGGGACCUGUGAUGGAGAACACAGAGUUUACUGGUUCAAAGACUCUGAAGAAUCUCAUCCAGGACUCAUUUACACUCACGGAGACAGGAAUGAUCAGUGUGAGAGGAAAAAUAACAGACAAACACACACCUGUGUCUACAACCUGCCAAUGGAGAACCUGACUCUGUCUCAUAAAGGAAUCUACUACUGUGUUAUUGCCUCAUGUGGACACAUACUGUUUGGAAAUGGGACCAAACUGGAGUUGAAGAAUGAGGAGGUUUCUCUUGUCUUGGUGUAUUUCUUGAGUGGUGCUUUGGCAUUCACCACUAUCGUGACACUUUCACUGGCUGCCUUACUGUACACACACAAGAGAAAAGGCCAGCAAGCUACAGAGUCUGAUGCAAGAUUUUUGGCUUCAUACCCAAUGAACUCAGAGAGUUUCCAGGCUGAAGAAAACCUCCAUUACGCUGCUUUAAGAGUAAAGAAGGCCAAUCGAUCAAGAAGUCGAAGAGAUGAUACAGAGACAAUAUGUAUCUACUCUGGUGUUAGGAAAUAAAACCGAUCAUGUUUUAGCUUUGUCUCUCUAUAGCAGGAUAUGAGUAGUUCUGUAAAUAGUUGUUAUAAAUGAAACAAAAAUAAAAACCAUGUCCGAUUGAUUUUGAUGACAAGCAGAAGUGUAUCAUGACACUUGUUAUCAUGAUUUUGGCAGAUUUUACUGGGAUGAAAUGUACAAACUUUACAACAUCAAAAGUCCACCAUCUGUAUAGCAGAUCCUGAUUUGCACCAAAGUUUAACUCUGUAGAAGCCACGGAUAUAACUGCUGUUAUUUCUAUUGUUAUUUGAUAUGCAAUUAAGCUAUUGUGUCCUGCUGAAAUUAUAUAACUUCAAAUCAUCCAAUAU